UAAUGUUUCACAACGAACCGGCGUGCGGUGCCGUGACUUUCACGGGUUGACUGACAUCCAGUGGGGGGUUGUGUAAACGGAGCUAAACCCGUCCUGUCCACCACCAAAAUGCGACUUCUAAAAGCAGGGCUAACCUUAGGUCAAAUACAUUUAAGGAAAACGGGAACACUAACAUUCAAAAAGGUAAGAAAAAAAGACCACAAGAUGUUGAGAAUAGCACAGGUGAGAAGGGAUGGAAAUGGACACACUAGUUAGCUAACCACUGGCUGUCCUGUCUUGCGUUGUAUAACGUUAACUAAUAAUAGAAAGCUUAUCUGAAAGCUGUCUGUUUUUUAUUUUAUUUAUAGGUAUUGAUGAACAGUUCUCGGUCGUGCUCCUCUGGUAUCGUUCCCAAUGAAAGAAUCCGCAACAUCGGAAUCUCGGCGCACAUCGACUCGGGGAAGACCACACUCACCGAGCGCGUCCUCUUCUACACGGGCAGAAUAGCAGAGAUCCAUGAGGUGAGUUAAUCAUGAUCAUAAACUGGCUCUGAUAUAUUGAAGUGUGUGUGUGUGUGUGUGUGUGUGUGUGUGUGUGUGUGUGUGUGUGUGUGUGUGUGUGUGUGUGUGUGUGUGUGUGUGUGUGUGUGUGUGUGUGUGUGUGUGUGUGUGUGUGUGUGUGUGUGUGUGUGUGUGUGUGUGUGUGCGCGCGCCUGCCUGCCUGCCUGCGUUUUAGAGGGAGGGAGACAGACUAAAACUAUUGUGUUUAUUUUAAUGUACUGUAUACACACUGUGGUUCCUCUAACCCUAUAGGUAAAGGGAAAGGAUGGAGUCGGGGCCACCAUGGACUCGAUGGAGCUGGAGAGGCAGAGAGGCAUCACCAUCCAGUCAGCUGCCACAUACACCGUCUAUAAGGAUUACAACAUCAACAUCAUCGACACCCCAGGUAUGGAGGUACCUGGCAGAAAGAUUUGCGUUAGUGGCAACACAGAUCUUAUGACCAGGUUCUUUUUUUGACGGAUAUACCAUAAGUCACAGUCACAGAUCGAUACUAGUGUACCCAACAGCUGAUGAACUUAGGAUGUAUUUUUGCUUUUAACUUUAGCCCCAGUUUCCUCCUCUCUGUCCUGUCCAGGCCAUGUAGACUUCACCAUCGAGGUGGAGCGAGCCCUGCGUGUUUUGGACGGGGCGAUCCUGGUCCUAUGUGCGGUUGGAGGGGUCCAGUGCCAGACCCUGACCGUCAACAGACAGAUGAAACGCUACAAUGUUCCCUUCCUCACCUUCAUCAACAAGCUGGACCGCAUGGGAGCCAACCCCAACCGCGCCCUGCAGGCCAUGAGGUCAGCAGAUAUAAGAUACUGAAGAGUAGACAGAUAGACUAGUCUGGUUUUUCAUUAGCUCUGUGUUCUGACUCCUCCUGUGUUCCCUCUUUCAGGACCAAGCUGAACCACAACGCAGCCUUUGUGAACAUCCCCAUCGGUCUGGAGGGGAACAUGAAGGGCAUCAUAGACCUCAUAGAGGAGCGCAGCAUGUACUUCGAGGGCCCAUUCGGGUAAGAGAAUGGAGAAUGUGUGAUCAUGGCAGGGAUUUAGAGAUUACUUACAUUACUAUCCAGAUCUGAAAUAUUUCCAUAGCUGGAAACCCUCUUACUGGAAGAAAAAAAUAUUUAAAAAAUGACAUCCUCUGUGCUUCCUGCAGACAGAAUAUCCGGUUGGAUGAGAUCCCGGCAGAGUUCCGUGUGGAGGCUGCAGACAGGAGACAGGAGCUGGUGGAGUGUGUGGCUAACGCUGACGAGACACUGGGAGAGAUGUUUCUGGAGGAGAGGAUCCCCACCUUGCCAGAACUCAAGGUGUGUGUGACUGUUCAUUAUGUCUUGGGAUAUCGCAACAAAUUCUGUAAUUUGAUCUUCUGCAUCAGUCAUAUUUUCUGCUAUGACCUGUGAACUCUGCCCCCUGGGCCCUGACCUCUCCCGUCUCUCCUCCCACAGGCAGCCAUACGCAGGGCCACAGUGCAGCGCCUCUUCAGCCCCGUGCUGGUGGGAACUGCCCUGAAGAACAAAGGGGUCCAGCCACUAUUGAACGCAGUGCUGGAUUAUCUGCCCAACCCCACAGAGGUCAACAACUAUGCCCUCUUCAACGAUGAGUGAGUAUGACCUAUGUGCCUAGACGGUUACACCAUUCAAUAUGACACAGCCGUGUUUUAAUGAAUUGAUAUGCCAAUAUCAGGACAGAGUAUAGGCUCGGGGACAAACUUGAACAAUGUCAAUGGAAGAUCUCACCACUGUGCUUGUGUUGUUUCCUCUGUGUCAGGGAGUCCAGUGACAGCAAUAAGAUCCUGAUGGAUCCCACCAGAGACGCCUCGCAGCCCUUCGUUGGCCUGGCCUUCAAACUGGAGGUGAGCACAGCACACAAACACUGUGUAGCAAACCAUCUUCUCUUCAACAAGUAAUCUUGCACAUUUACUGUAUAAACUUUUUUUGUAUGAUAAACUAUAUAGGGAUUGUAGAUGUAUUUAUCUCUCCCCCUUACUCUGUUCUAGGCAGGUCGGUUUGGUCAGCUGACGUACGUGCGUGUGUACCAGGGCUGUCUGAAGAAGACUGAGUACAUCAUCAACACACGCACAGGCAAGAAGGUCCGCGUGCAGAGGCUAGUGCGUCUCCAUGCUGACCAGAUGGAGGUGAGAACCAGGAAGUGAAUGUAAAUGGAAUAAACUGACAGUUUCAGUACUAUGAAAAGCACAGCACUGUGAUUGGUUAGAACGGUAAUGUUCCCCAUUUUGUUUUUUGUUUGUUUCUACGACAUGGCACAACGACCCUGAUUCCCCAACCGGACUUACCCUAGUGAUAACAUCUCAUGAUUACAAACAACUUUAUCUAUACAUUUGUAGAACUGAAACAAUCUUAUUUUCGUGCUAUCAUAAAUUGUGUCCCUCCCUCCCUCCGGUUGGUCAGGAUGUGGAGGAGGUGUAUGCAGGAGACAUCUGUGCCCUAUUUGGGAUCGACUGUGCCAGCGGAGACACCUUCACCUCCCGGACCAGCGCCAACCUCUCCAUGGUACAUGCCUAUGGCCAUUGUCCAGACUAGAUAAACAACCAGUCAGCACUCACUAACGUGUAUUUAAAGAUGCAAUCUGUUGUGCACUGCCUGUGUACAUAAUGUUAUGACCUUGAGCUUCAUUCAACAUGUUUCUCCCACAGGAGUCCAUCCACAUACCAGAGGCUGUCAUCUCCAUGUCUAUGAAGCCGUCCAACAAGGUGGGCCCUCUCACAUUCUAUGUAGUAUGAGGAGUCUAAAUGACUAUAUAAGACUUGAUACUAUUUCAGUAGUGAAUAUAAGCAUGUAUGACCUCAUCCUCCCUCUUCCUGUGGAUUAGAAUGACAUGGAUAAGUUCUCUAAAGGCAUCAACCGCUUCACCAGAGAAGACCCCACGUUCAGGGUCCACUUUGACACAGAAAGCAAGGAGACUAUCAUCUCUGGUAUGGGAGAGCUGCACCUGGAGAUCUACUCACAGGUACUAGUCUAGUGCUCUGCUCUCCGGAGAUCUGAAGAUCCUUCUGUCUGCAGCGUUUGUGUUUUGGCUUCAUCUUAUUUUUACAGUGUCCUAAGUUGUCUUGAAGGCUGAUAUAAUGUAUUAGAGUUCCAAACAUCUAGAAUCUUUAAUGGCAUUUCGGUGCAGUGAAUCAAGCUGACCUUACUUUCUCGUUGUCUUUCUGUAGAGGAUGGAGAGGGAGUAUAACUGCCCCUGUGUGAUGGGAAAGCCCAAGGUAGCCUUCAGGGAGAGCGUGACCAGUGCGGUACCGUAAGUACCACUCCUAACACACACACACACACACACACACAGCAAUGAUGUCCAACUGAACCACUCUCAGAAGCAUUACAUUGUAUACAGUGAUGGCUUUAUUGGACCCCUUCACAUCAUCAAUAGAGUAUAUUAACAAAAGGUUUUUACAAACACAUUGUUAUAUCUUACCAAGAGUCUUACAAGCUGACACAGUAAAAGCAGUGCAUUGGCAUAGCUGCAGUAAGGCCAUUGACAUGUGCCCUAUCCUCUCCUCUGAAGCAGUAGUGGUGAAGGUAAACAUAAUUACUAAAGCUAAGACAAGUGUGAUGUGUAAAGCUCAGCUUUUCAAAAUCAGGUAGAAAAUGGCUUUACCCUUUCAUUCAAGUCCUAAGAAAGAUGUGCUAUACUCUUCUCUGUAGUACUUGUGUAAGUAUUUCUCUGUGUGUGUAUCUCAGUUGGUGGUGUUCGGAGGAGCCUCACAGUGGUUGCACUUUGGCUGCAGCUCAGUCUGCAGGACUUUAACUCCCUGUUCUGGGGACCAGGUGAAUAGCAGCUUCCAGUGGAUGAUCUCCUGCACGUACACACAAGAAUGUACCUUUAUAAUAAUAAACAUGACGUCUGAGUUAUGUUAAGACAGAUGGCAGAAUGUUUUCGUUACCUGGGAAAUCAUUUCAUGCAGCAGGACAUGGUAGUUGAACCUCAGCUGGUCAUUCUCAGUCUCCUGUUGAGGGACAGACAGAACCAGGGACCAUGUGUGUGAGAAGGACGGAUUGAAAGUGUGUGGGUGGGGAGUUAGGUGUCAAUUUGGAAUUGGGCACAUAUCUCCAUGGUUACACUGAGGUUCUUCUCAAGUUACUGUCCGACUACAUCGCAGACCAGAUCAUACCACGCCUGGAUAGGUAUUUAACAUAUCAGCUAACCACAUAUGAUAUAGCAAUCUGGUGCCCGACUGCACAGUUGAUGACGUAGCACGCAACCAUUGGUUGAUGCAACGCCUGCGCAUCUAGUCGGGCAGGCACUCGACGUCUCUCUUUUACUGCUCACCAACUGUGUGAAGUUGGCCACCUGGGCCAUGUUGUACAGCGUGCUCUCAUUGGACUCCCUCAGCAUGAUAAAACUGGAGGCCACGCCCGCCAGUUGCCAGAAGGGUUUCAUGCUGGUCUCCAUGUGACCGUAGCUGUCUGUCAAAGAAACAUCACGGUCAGAAGAGAGAUGGGGUCAGUUAGACCACAAAAGGGACCACAGUCUGAACAAAGAGAUGGUGAUUUCAGUGGACAUGUUUGGACAUUAUACCAUGGCUGACUGAGUUGUGUGUGUGUGUGUGUGUAUUUAUAGCUCUAUAUCUACCUGGUAUAUUGUUUCCUGACACCAGGUUAUUGCUGGCUCUGUGUUGCUGGUAGAAGGCCUCUUCCUGAGCCGUGGUGUUACUUUGAAGCAGUCCCUCACAGGAGGCCUGGACCUGGGGAGCACUCUGCCCCUCUCCCCCUGGAAAGAGGAGCUCCGCAGAGCACUGCCCCGAAACCUUUAUAGGGAGAGGAAAGGGUGAGGGUUGAGGUGGGGAGAAGAAAGUGAAAAUAUGAAAGGAGAGUUGGGGAAAGGAAAGUAGCGGUAUGUUAGGGGAAGAUACGGGAGAGGAAAAAUAAGAGAAGGAAAAUAGGUUGUUGCUCUAACACAGGCGUAUUUAUCACCAUGGCAGUGUAGCCAUGGUUACUGAACACACCUUGUAUUUAUUCAUACAGCUGUUCUGUGCGAUAGUGAGUCACUGACAAUGUGAAUCGGAUCUUACGUUACUGAUCAUCUCCUGCAUGGUAAGCUCCAGUUGAUACUUCCUCCCCAUCUCUGCCACAUCCUGACAGUCAGGGAGAGAGAGCAGAAAUGAACCACUUAAGACAAGUGUAAGUAAACAGAACUAUGUUCCAUAAAGCCGUCGCCCCCUCACAAGCCCCCACUGUAUGCAUUAUUGAGAAUUGACUUUUUAUCCGCACGGACCUCCCAUAUCCAUCCCCUUCAAGGAUCUUUCCUUCCUUGCCUUGUAAUAUUAACUGCCCCCGCCCAACACACUCCCCAAAGUGUGCUGAUCCUCUAUCUCCACUCUUACCUCUGCGCUGCCGCUAUGUACUUUGCUGAGAAAGAUCCACCUGUAGGGUGAGCCGUAGCGGGUGUUCAGGUAGUGUUGGACCACCGUGGCUGCCCGACGGGCAGGGUAGUGACUUGGGUUCAGCAUGCCAGUCGUCAUCACUUUCUCCACCACCUCGCUUUCCCCCUAAUCCGCCGGAGAGAAGAGGAAUGAGAGCAAACAGGGGGAAUGAGUGAGAGAGAAAAGAGGGCGGUGAGGACAGGUAGGGAGAGUCCGUCUGCUCUGAUGGGACUUUGACCUCUGUGUGUGCGGGGGCAGGGUGGAGGAAGUAGUGUCCUGCCCUAGUUCUAGAUAAGGAGAAAGGGAGAGAAUAGAGACAUUUAGUGAGUAAGGGGAGGGUAGAAGUGUCAGAGGGAGGAAACAGUGUUCUUGCCUGUGCCUGGAAAGUCUAACUACCUGCCUGUUGAGAGGCUUUUGCGGUUAGACACUCAGACAGCUGGAAGUGCAGCCACAUGCAGGGGGAGAAACAACUUCCUGCUUCCGCCCAAGCCAGGAAUUCAGUUAGGACUGCCCCUUUUUAAAGGGACAGGCCACACAUUUCCCCUCUCCUCUCUUUACUGUAACAUAAAAGCAUGGCAAAUGACCAUACAGCUACUUUGUCUAUGUUAAUGUGAGUAUUGAUUGUUUCGGUAUUGAACUAUGGCAGUUCUUUACCUAGCAAUGCUUUAAUGAAAAUUCUCUGAAUUAGUUACUGAUGUUGGCUAUGUGCAUGUCUCUGCAGGUUUGACUUCACCCAUAAGAAGCAGUCUGGUGGUUCUGGGCAGUACGGUAAAGUGAUAGGAGUUCUUGAGCCUUUGGACCAAGAAAACUACACAAAAGUGGAGUUUGAAGACCAGACUGUCGGAACCAACAUCCCUAAACAGUUUGUGCCGGCUGUUGAGAAGGUAUGCAUGCCUGGCUGUAGUCUGAAAAACACAUAGGCCUUUGAGUAAGUGUAAUUACGAUUUUAAAAAUCCUGUAUCUUAUUCAGAUAUAAAUUCUAGUAGACCUCUUAUCUCAUACCCCAAGGGUGGACCUGAGGGCCACAUCGGGAUUUCAAAAUUCAACAAAGGACUGCACAUAUUUUUAUUUUGACCGAUUAGUUUGUCAAAAUCAAUUUGUGGGCUACAAAAAGUGCAUUAAUUUGAAAAUAUAUAGGUCCAUUAUAAUUUCUAUAUAUAUAUAUUUUUUUUUUCUCAAACACCCCGUUGGCCGGAUUGAACGGGCCUGCGGGUCGUAGUUUGCCCACGUCACUCUUUCUCCAUCUCCUCCCUCUCUCCUGCAGGGAUUCAGAGAGGCGUGUGAGAAAGGCCCUCUGACUGGUCACAAGAUCUCAGGCGUCAAGUUCCUAUUGGAAGACGGAGCACAUCACAUGGUGGACUCGAAUGAGAUCUCCUUCAUCCGUGCAGGGGAGGGCGCUCUUAAACAAGGUGGGUGUCAACCAACCAGAAUACACCCCCCAUUGUUCUCGCAUAUUUUUCUCUCUGUAUAACUUUUCCGUGCUUCUCAGCUUUUUGACAAACCUACUGAUUGUCUCCUUCCAUCCAUGUCCCUCUCUUGGUAGCCAUGGAGAAGGCCAACGUUGCCGUGCUGGAGCCAAUCAUGUCAGUAGAAAUUGUGGCGCCCGAUGAGUUCCAAGGGACAGUCAUAGCCGGGGUCAACCGUCGCCAUGGCGUUAUCAGUGGGCAGGAUGGGGCGGAGGGCUACUUUACGUUGUAUGCUGAUGUGAGUGCAGCUCUGUCCUAUUCAUACUUCCUAUGCCUUUUUCUUUCUGCAAAGACAGGAUAGGUUAAAUGUCUGUCCAGUCACUGUGUAUUUGAUGGUUAAUCUCCAUUUCCUCUACCCAGAUUCCACUGAAUGACAUGUUUGGCUACGCCACAGAGCUCCGGUCCUGUACAGAGGUAAGGCAAUGGCUGCUCUAGUCGGAUGUCAAGACGUCAAUUAGUCAUUAAAAAAAAGUCCAGGAUAUCAAGCCAUACAUUUUCAAUGAUAUUGAAUUGAGUUUGCAUUUGCUCAUUUUUUCUGUUAAUUUCUUUGGACCAAAGUAAUUUCUCAGUCCAUGAUCCUUUCUAGAGAACUGAUGUGUGGGUAUAUGUGUGUUGUGUCCAGGGGAAAGGAGAGUACACCAUGGAGUACAGCAGAUACCAGCCCUGUCUGCCAGGCACUCAGGAGGAGCUCAUCAACAAAUACCUGGAGUCAACGGGACAGCUGCCUGCCAAGAAGGGGAAGUGGAAGAACUGAGCGUGAACAACACACACAAUCACUGAAUUGUAAACACAUUACAGUACUACAAUGGAAUGCUCGACAAACACACACAAACAUACAGUGCUCAAUCAACUGUAAACAUACUGGGCUCUGCCUUACCAAGGUGGGUGUAUUAUAUCGUA